AUGAAGCGAAGGAAGCCUGUCAUCGUGUCUACUGCAGAGCCAUUAUCCGAUGACGAAUUCGCUGCUGAGUCGCGAGCUUCGGCAAAAGCAUAUGCUGAGAUACAAAAAUUUCAAUCAGAUAGAGAAAGGAUAAGAGAAGAGAACAAGCAGAGAAAGAAACGAGGAGAAGGAUCACUGGCUUUACCUAAAUUACCGGGGUCCCAAAGUAGAUCUGCUGGAUCAAUCAGGAAAAGGGAAGAAUUUACUCCCAGCGACGAUGAUGAAGAAGAAAGCUGGGUAAAUCACGGAGGAGGUAAAAGAGCCAAGAAGAGGAAAAAUGAGGAUGAGCUGGGUUUUGAAGGACAGGUGAUCUUACCUUUUAACCCGUUAUACUAUCUUGCAGGUCUUCCUGAUCCCGAAGGGAAAGCAGCAGAGAUUGAGGCUGCCCGACAGAAGAUCAUAGACCGACUUGCGGGAAGGAAACCGGCAUCUAGUCCUAGCAGAAGCUCCCCUCCCCCGACCAGUAGUAGCCCUACCAGACCAUCCAUCAACUCCUCACCGCUGAGCAGUAGUCCGCCAACGAUGAUCACACACUCGACGGAAGAAGAAGAUCCGUUGGAAGAAGCGCCAGAAGGGGAUUAUGACGAUGAGGAGAAUGAGGUAGUAGUACCGUGGGGCAAAACUGUGGAAAGCAACGGAGCAGAUGAGGAUUCAGUGCGAGAGGGGGAAGAAGGAGUAUAUUCAGAAGACGACGAACUAUUUUCGAAGUCUGCCAAACUUCCUGAAAUGGAUGAUCUUCCUCCAUACAGACCAACUUUCCCUUUUUCUGAUGAACAAGCAAGAACCGGCCCCUUUCCUCUGGACGAUGAGGCCAAGGACAUCGCCGUUCCGGCUUCCAUCAACCGAUUUCUCAAGGCAUAUCAACAAGUCGGCGCUCGAUUCCUGUACGACCAUUAUAAAGAAGGUAUGGGCGGAAUUCUGGGUGAUGACAUGGGUCUAGGAAAGACUAUUCAAGUGAUAUCAUUCUGGAGCAGAGAACUUGAUACGGUGCAGUGGGGCUAUUUCGAAUACGCUAUCUGGCAAUCUGACAACUGGUCAGAUAUACGGACAUCUUUCACGCAAGGAUUCUUCGAUAUAAAGCAUAUCAAGGAAUUACCGCUGUCGAUGGACGAGAUGUGGAGUGUACUCGACUUUACACAUCGAGGCUGGGCAGGGACUCUGAAACAAUGGCGGGAUUUCGCUGUCAACCCAAUCAAGAAAGGUCACAGACACGAGGGCACAGCUGCAGAAGUAAUCACUGCCAUCAUGAGACUGGGUAUAAUGACUCAAAAGAUCUUACCUCACUUCUACUUGCGGCGAGACAAAAGAUUGAUAGCUCACGAGCUACCAGAGAAGAGGGACAUGGUGGUGUUUUGCCCUUUAGCAUCUACACAGAUAAUGGCAUAUCAGAAUCUCAUAGAUUCUGAAGAUAUCCAGUUUCUGUUGAGACGUAAUGACCCUUGCGAAUGCGGGUCUGGUUUAAACAAAUGCCAUCAUGCGAAAACUUCGAAUGAUGAGACUGUCAACGAUGUUCUGCUGAGAAACCUAUCGGCGUGCAAGAAGGUUGCAAAUCACUUCGGACUCUUGUAUCAUGCUAAGGAUGAUUCACUACACACUCGGGAGAUCAACAGGCAUUUCUUCAAGAUAUGUACUGGGCAGGACUACGACACGAAGCAGCGUAAUGUGAUUCAAGCUGCCCUGGAUUCCGAGAAUUGCGGGAAAUGGACGCUUCUUGAGCAAAUGAUGGUACAAUGGCGCAAUGAUCCAAUGAACAAUAAAGUCUUGAUAUUUUCGAACUCGGACCAGAGCAGAGAUCAUUUCGUUCUGCUUAUUAGUACUUUGGCUGGAGGUGUUGGGCUAAAUUUGACAGCGGCCAACAAAGUUGUAAUCUUUGACCCUGAUUGGAGCCAGAAACGUACGGUUGACGUUUAUCGGUUGAUUGGUCAAGGUACUGUUGAAGAGCUCAUGUAUGAGAGACAAAUCCACAAGCAGUCAAGGUCACGGCAGCUCAACGAUGGGACUUUCGAAAGCCGAAUGCAUCAAGGCUUCGACGGAGCAAGAACAGAAGCAGAUCAAGGUGAAUUGUUUGGUAUACAGAACAUAUUUCGUUUUGAUCCGAAAGGGUUUGUCUCCAAGAACAUUGAGAGAAUUCGUCAAGCGGAAGAUCGCUUCGUUCAAGAUCUUAUUGAAGCGGAAUAUAACGAUUCUGAAGCUGAAGAUGAUGACCACGCGUCCGAAGAUGAAGCAGGGAAGGCAAUGAGAGACGAGCGCAAAGCUCGUGAUCUUCAUCGAGCUCAGAUCAAAGCUGCCAACAAGCGAGCUGGAGAGAACGACGUGAUGUCUAGGAAGAGGAACGAUGAGGUAGUAAAGGAUCUUCUAGGUCAUGAAGGUACCGGGACAAAGAGAGGUAGUGAGGAUGUUUUGCAAAGGCUAGGAGUGAAUACUCGCGUUCACGAACAGGCUUUCAGGGAUUCCCCAGAAGAGAGAGCAAUUUAUGAGAUUGGUGUUCAAGUACUCCAAAAGAACCCCGACCUAGCCAGAAAAGUCAAAGCCAACGAUUUGGGUAAAUUAGGCCGAGUAAUAAAAAGACGCGAAAAGGCUACAGAAGGAGAUAGUGCCCAUGAGGCCGAACCAUGGCAAAAGAGGAUCAAAGAGAGAUCUGCUAGAGGUAACAGAGAGCAAUCGAAGGAUAUCAAGAGAGUUCUGGCUGAAUUGAGUGAUUGA